AUGGAACAGAAGGGCCACUUCAAGGAGCCCUUUCUCUACGUGGAAACGAAAGACGCGGAGGAGGAAAAGCGUCAACUGUACUUUUGCUUUGUGGAGAGAUGCUUUGACCACCUUUUGCGACAAAGCGAUGAGUACAUCCUCGCGACAGUGAAGAAAAAUGGGUCGCUCAUUUCGUUUUUCUUUUCCCAUUUGUUAAGUGCGAAUAGGAGUUACGAUUUACCGUUCGAUCGACGGGAGGAGGAAAAGGAAAAGGACGCAGAGAAGCAGAGGCAGAGGAAGAAGGGGCUUUCCCCAUUUGAUAAGCACAUUUUCCAACUGUACGUGAAAUUGGUCAGAAUUUACCUGAACAGGGACAGGCGGGAAACGAGUACAAUAAAAUCGACCUUGAUAAAACUCCACGUCUUUAUGGACAUCAUCAUGAUGUUCCAUCGAUCGAAAAAGAGAAAAAAGGAAAUAAAAAAGUUGUUAAACGAGGCCUACACACUGAACAGAAUAAAUUUCCUCAACAUAAGUAAGUAUUUGUCAUUCCUGUACGAGGAGGUGAAGACUUUGAAGGAUCAGAUCGGACGGUAUGCUCACAACAGGGGGGGGAAUCUACCGAACCUCCUCUCCAGGAUAAACGAGUUUCUAGUUGCUGUGUUCUGUUUUGUCAAUUUUUUUCACCCCUUCAAUUAUUUCGAUCGUGGCCAAAAUAAACAGACGAAUGAUUUGAUCCUCCUAAGGUUGAUAUUUUAUCGAGGCGUGGACAUGGGGUCUUCCUCUCUGUCUACUUCUGCGCCGGAGAUUCUCAAGGGAGAGGAGGGUUCCGGAGGCAGUUCCUUCCUCCAUUUGGUGGUUCAGACCUACUUCGAAAUGAUUCACCACCUGUACGAUGACACCCUGAAGGAGCCCACUCGCAAGGACCUGCUCUACCUGCGGCAUCUCUUCGCGGAAAUACUAACCAUGUUGGUGAAGUACCUCCUUCUCCACGGGAACGAAAAGAACAAACUCGUAGUCGUCUCCAUCAUUAUCGACAUGCUGAAACAAACAAGUGAAGAAAUGAAUCUCCUCUAUUUCCUACGAAACGACAUGCAGCUAUGCGAUUGGAGGUUUCUACGAACAUUUGUCCUGAAGGAGAAACUCGAUGUGGAUUUUUAUUUCUACCUGAAUGAUUUUCUAAGAGUGAAUAGCAAAAAGAGAGUCAACAAAAUGUGUCAGAUGAAAUAUCGACACGAGAUCGAGAGCAUCAUGGAGAUCACCAGUUUGAAGGAUGUCGGUGUUGUAGUGAAGGUGUUACGGAGGAACAACUUCGACGUUGGCAAAGCGGUGGAGGACGUCCUCGCCACGGGGGUGGGAGCCGGGACGAGUAGCGAUGAUCGAAGUGAGGAUGAAGAAAGUACCGAUGGCCCAAGUGGAGCUGACCAAAUUAAUGAUGAUGGACGGAGCCCUGGACGCCUUGUCAAAGAGAGCAACCGAGCCGAUCACGCCAAACCACGCGCGGCUGCAAAACAUAGGCAGAGGAACAUCCUGGACGUGCUGCGUGAACGCACACGGAUGGAAAAGCCCCACAGAAGGAAAAUGAGCAAAAGUAGAUACAGCAAUGAUGACCUAGGGGAAGAAAAUAAAAACAAGAUUUUCGACCUCCUUGAUAGGUCGAGCAAUUCUGAUGGCUUCUCGGGGGAUGCUUCGCUGGAAAAAUUCCAGAAUGAUCUGUUGCCCUGCACGUCGUACAGGAGGAUUCGUGAAGAGGGGAGCGGCGCCAGUGAUGGGGGCCUCCCACGUGGUGGUGCUGCUGACCGGCGUGGUGGUGUUGACAGGUGUGGUGAUCCUGAUCGACGUGGUGGUGUUGACAGGCGUGGUGUUGCUGGCCGGCGGGGCGUUCCUCACUCGCGUGGGCAUGCCAAGCGAGGAGAAGGAAUGUUUAGCAUAAGCAGGCCGCCCCUGCAGCAGCGUGGCACUAGGACUCCUGAGGGUGCAGAAGGCGCGCCGAAGGGCGACGGGUGUUCUGAUGGAGGAAACAGGACCAAGCGGUACUACAUGAAGAAGACGACCAACAAGGGGAAGUCCCACAGACGCCAGUACGACAAGAAGAUGAGUCGAGGAAUGCUCUGA